AGGUCUGUUGACACUUUUUUUUAAGAAGCUCUCUACCAUGAAGAUUCAACUUUUUUUCUUUAUUCUGCUCUUUUGGGUCACAGUUUCACAAGCCAGAAACUAUUUUGAACCAAAGUAUAGAUUUGAGAGAUGCGAUAAAGUGAGAGGAAUAUGUAAAACGUUUUGUGAUGAUGUUGAAUAUGAUUAUGGAUACUGCAUUAAAUGGAGAAGUCAGUGCUGCGUAUAAACUCGGAAAAGAAGUACUAUUGAGGAUCAAGUCUGGAACAGAGAUGCAUGUUUUUCACUCAAGAGUAGGUAAAAAAAAAAUGUUUGCAACAUUUAAUGAAAAUACACACUUUUAAAUUCUAAAUAUAUCUAUUUACAUACAAAGAAUUUAGUCUCUGCUUAUUCAUUGGGGAUUUUUGUAUGUCAAACUGAUGAACACAUUAGCAAAACAAGGAAACAGACUCUAAUUAUGCUUAUAAUCUCAUUAUUUCCACUUUGACUCUCAGACAUUCAUAUUACUUAUCUGAGUUACUCUGCUCCCUCUCUAAAUAUGUGUAUGUGACCUUAUUGCCAGGUUUGCUAUGAGGAUUAUGGUUAUCUUCAUAUAUCCUGGUUUGCACACCAAAAUCCCUCUAAGCCAUCUACUCUUCUUUCACAGAAAAUGUGUUUCUUCCCUUACAAAUAUGACAGCUACCAAUUUUGACCUGUCUGAUGUGUUUUUGCAUACAUUUAACAAUACUAUGCUUUUGAAAUGAUACAAUUUAACACUGCUCUCUCUGUAGGGUAAUUAAGCACUAUUCAUAGCACGGCAAAAGGAUAAAUAACAAGAUCUGAGAUACAGAGCCCCUUUUAGCCGCGUGAUUCUUUUUUCAAAGAAAAUCUCAUAAAGAAUCUCAGGAAUAGGUACCUUUGUUUCAGCAGGGUAGAGCUGGUGUCUGGCCAACUCAAUUUUAUACCCUCAGAGAAUGUGUCUAAUGAAGGAAAUUUCAAUUUGGUUGAGGCAAGAGUUAGAAUCCCAUAACUACGGACAGUUUUGUGUAACAAAGCUCAGUUAGCUGAUGAGUAAACCUGACUCAUAACUUAGAAUAACUCCUGUUUCUAAGAUCCAUCAUGAAAUCUAGCUGAGUUAGUUUUGCCUAAGAGGAUACUGGUAGACAUAUUUGUAGGAGGGCUGUGCAGCUGAUGUUCAUAUGGAAAACCUGGGAAAUGUUACAGUAAUCCUAGGAACGAUGAAGACACAGGAAAAGCAGAGACUGUGUAGUAGCAAAAAUGAGGACUUUCUUGGAUGCCAUAGGGACAAUAUUAUUUACCCCAAAAAUCCUCACUAAGGAAGGAUGGCUUUUUUGUUUCCAGCAGUAGUGCUGUGGAGGUCAGAGAUGGGGUGAUGUUAUUUAGUUUAACAGAUAUGACAUGCACCAUGUGCUUAUAAUUGACUAGGUUACUGUAACUGAAAUAUUUAAGUUAUUUUUAAACACAGAUUUAGAGAUAUAAGGUUCCAUCUAAUCAAGGCAAGCAAUAAAUGUCUGGAUAGACAGCUCUACAGAAAAAUCUUACUGUUUUUGUGAAAGUACAAUAAUCUUUCUUACUACUUACCCUUUGAUGAUAACACUAUUUAACCAAGCAUAAAACUCUUUUUAUUCUUAAUAAGUCCCAAAGAGGCAAAACUUUU